AUGGCACAGGGUUUCCCCAUGAAAGAUUCCCCCCCGAGUUCAAGCCGCGGUCUCCGACAACAGGAUGACCUUGUCGAGAGCUGGCCUUGUACGUCUUCUCCCGAAACCGCCCUUCCACGAUUUACUCACGCGGUGGGGAGUCAGGUACAGGCUUAUCCUAUAAAAGUCAUCCACAGAUUUCAAUAUUCGUCAUUUCUCAGCACGUCCAUUGAGAUUAAAAUGCAGCUCUUGAGCGUGGCAGUUCUGCUCUGCGGUGUCCUGGCGGUGGCGUACGCCCAGGCAGAGACCCUGAACCUAGAGGCGGAGCCCCUGGACCUGGAGGCAGAGCCCUCCACGGAAGCUCUCACGAGGUCUAAACGUGGAUUACUUCUUAAGAAGGCUGCCCUCCUCGGCGGGGGUGCACUCCUCGCUAAAAAAGCUCUUCUAGUCGGAGGAGCUGGAUUAAUUGGGGCGGGAGUGGGAGCUGCCCUUUACAAAUCACACGGUGGAUACGGUGGGUAUGGCGGUGGAUAUGGCGGCUACGGCGGAGGCUAUCGUGGAGGGUACGGGGGUUACGGAGGAUAUGGAGGACAUGGAGGAUAUGCAGGACAUGGGGGAUAUGGAGGCUAUGGUGGAGGCUACCCCGGAGGAUAUGGUUCAUCCCAUGGAGGAUACAGUGGUGGAUACCAGGGAAGCUACAGCGGCUACCACAGCGGCUACGGUUCUGGAUAUGGAUACAAUCGUCCCACUUACUCGUCAGGAUGGAAUAAUGGGUGGUGACGAGAGCUAGGAACCAAAGUAGUUUUAAGUCUAUAGGCGGGGGCCCCUUCAAUCUCCGGCUCCCGAGAUUCCUCAGUCGGACUGCAGAUCGCCAGCGGUUAUUUGAAUUAUCCAGUGGAAUGAAUGUCAAGCACCUGAUGUAAUAAAUUAACAUGUUUAAUUUA